GAUAUAAAUUAAGUAUGAUCCAACAUGGCAAACUCCGACGUGUGCACGUGUGGCUUUGGAACGCUACAACAACAUGAAUCAGGGGGAUGAGCAUGAGAUGGUUAAACCAGUGAGCAGCCAUAUCUUUGUCUUCAAUGGUAUCUGGUUCCAUGCAAAUUUCCUUGCCAAGCGAAAAGGAGCCACCAACUGUGUUGAUCUCGUCCCCAAGUACUUCUUUGCUGAAUCGGAAAUUGUGGGGACGAGGAAAAUAUCUUGUAUUUCAUGUGUUAAGCUUGACCCAGGCAAUCCCAAAAAAAUUGGUGGUUGUAGCCUGUGCUCUGAGAAUAUCCUGCAUCCUGCUGGGGGUGGAUACCAUGGUGCCCAAGCUCGAUCUGUUCGACAUGCUCCUGGUGGCCUACAGAUUUCAUUCAAGUUCUGAAUGUUUGAAGUGUGGUAGAAUCGUCCAUCACUAAUUCACUAUGCUAAUAUAA